AUGCGGUAUUUGCUUCAGCAUCCAGCUCGACUCAAGUCAAAGUGUCCAGAGAUAGUCGAAGUCCAUCGUCUAGAGAUUCCGCCUCAGGCCCACACACCUCAGCAGCUACAUAUUUCAGACUCGUCACAGCAGCAUUCCGAGGAAAGUUUCAGCACCACUUUGCAUCCCAGGCCGGAGACGACACUCGGACAAACGCACCUGGCUCGUAGUCCGCUGAGAGAGAAAAGACGUCCAAUUAUUAAGAAGCAACUUCAUUCAACCGAUCACUCGCGGCCAAGAGCUCUGCAGCCCGGACUGAGCGAGAAAGACUCAUCCCGCACCCUGUCUCUCGACAUCGAUAGACCAGCGGCAUGUCCUGCCUAUCUCGCUCCAUCUCCUGGGCAAAUCUCCAUUUGUUGGGCGACUGCUGCUUCCCAUAAGCUAGAGGAAGACCUUGUGUGGCUCGAGACUCCACGUAACAGCCCCGCCAUGAGAGGUGCGCCGCAGCCAUGGUUUGCCAAAGCGGGCUCACAGCAGACCAAGACCUGUCCUCACGACCACCAGCAUGCAAGUUCGGGAGGUCAUGCUACAGCCACAGUUGGCACUUUUAUGGUCCAUCCACCCCAGUCUUCUCAACUCCAGUCUUCUCAACCGCAGUCUUCUCAGCCGCUCUCAUCAGCGUUUGACCCACAGCAGCCGCCCUCGAAGAGGCCAAAGAUGAAAGGUAGACUCGGUCCUACAUCUGAAUCCGGUCAUGUCUCGAUGUAUCAUGGCUCGAAGGCUACAUUGGAAGGCCUGCCCAACGCCAACUCUAGCACUGUUCGCCCCAUGACUUGGAAUUUCUCCUCAGCUAUCGACCAGCUGACGUCCUUUCGUACUGGGGCAGCAAAGGUUGGAUGUAGCGGUGCGAGACAUAUGCGGAGACAUGGGAUCGAGGCAGACGGGGCGAAGCCGAGCGAUGUGGAUCAAGGAAGGAAAGCCAGAAUUUUCGCAGAUCCAUCUGGUGUACUGCAGAAUCAUCGUUGUUUCGUUCGCGAUUUAGGUUUCGGUUUCGGUCUCGCGCGCUCUUCCGAUCUCCGACAGUCCGAUUUCAAGUUCAAGCAAAAUGACCAAUACCACUCCCGCCCUGCUGCUACCAGACGCCCUUCCCAUGAGAUCUACCGAGAUGACAAUAGCGCAUUCUUCGCCCUACAGCAUGGCACAAGAGGCCCCAGGCGCACCGCACUUUGCUUGAGAGACGCCUCCACGAAGCCGAGGCUUCACCACAGGAGCGCAUCUCGCAAGCGCCAGAGGUACAACAAGUCCGGCAGGCAGGCAAUACAUGUAUGCUUCGCGCGCAUGAGGAUAUCGUCGAUGGCAUACACCACAGAAGCAAUGAUGCUUUUCUUGCUGCUUCACAGUCUCAAUACUCACACCGCCAUCUCAAGACGACUUGCAUCCGGUCACAAUCUUCGCAAGUUCAAAGACUCGCGCACCACGAACAUCGUCACAUUCCUCGGUCAAUCCCUUCUCAGCAAAUUCGUACACAAAACCUCGCUCCAACCCGUUGACCACACCAAUCGUCCGGCCGAGCCCGAGCGCGAUGACCUCCGAGCGCAGAAGUUGAAGCGCAUGGAGAAAGAGACGCAAGACCAGGUGCUGAAGAAGUUCAAGAAGGCAGGCCACACGGAGCGGAACCGUCGAUGGAAUAUCAAAGUCCCAACGCGGCCAGAGCCAGUAUGCCUUGCUCACUCGAGAUGGGAUGGGAUGGGAAACCGUCCUGAAAGAGAAGAGAAAAGUGUCGAGGGAGCCCAUAGCAUCGGUAAGCAUUUUCACUGCCUAGAAGAUUCCAGGACAGAGGAUUCCAGUGCCCGAGUCGUCGAGAAUGUAGUUCUCGCCCAUGGCUGGUCAAUUGAAGACACCAUUGCUCCCACGAAUGUCAAUAUCUUCGGUAUCAUUCUCAGUACCUUCAUGGACUGCCGCAUGACUCCAAUACGAUUCAGCUUCUUCCGGAGACCUUUUCAUGAUCAUCACAACCGACUUCUCUACUCCAUUCAACACACGCAGAGCAGUCUCGCCCAUGCCGUCACUUGUUCGGCAUCAGAUUCAUACCACUGCACAUCAAUGCACAUUCGAGGAUGGCAAUGGCAAACCCCCAUAGCGGCUGUUUUGAGAACAUCAGCAUACCCUGACCAUGCCUCCCCAUGCCACAAGUUCCAACGUCAUGCAAAUGCAGAAAAAUCAGCAUCGUCUGAGACAUAUGCAGCAGAUGUCAAUCACAACUCAAGCACGAUGCCAGGUGACAAUGGGUUCGAAGCGGUCGUAACAUCUCCCCCGAGCUUCUGCGAUGUCGUCGAACUUCCUCCCCCGACACUGCGGAUAGCCAGCAAGCAGCGUAAGUUCUGCACGGGUGUUUGGUCCAGCAAGAGCGACAGUAUGGAAGUAAUCCGCCUGCGAUUCGAACUUCGAAUUCAUAGCAAGACCUACCAAGAUCAAUGUCGUUGCACUGCGAGACGAACUUCGAAGCCGGGCAACAGGAUCG